AUGAAUAUGUCGUUUGAACUCACAGACUAUUACUCAGUGAGGGUGCAACUGCCACGCCUCGGGCUCACCCAUAUCUCUGGAUAUUACGAUGCGCGGUGCGAGAGCAGAAUACUGGGAAUCAGAACAACCGUGUUACCACUGCUGAACUGGUGUACGAUGGAUUCAUCUGAAUUUUCAAGUCUGAGCAAGCUAAUUUGCUCACGCUUGAGGGACCUGAUUGACUGA